UGUCGCUCAUUUUCUUUUUCACACCCUUCUAUCUUCUUCUUCUGCUUGAAUCGUUGGAGAAGCCAAAAAACAAAAACGAAGAACAAUAGAAAAGGGAAAUAGACAAGAAACAAAGGAAAAGAAAGGGAAUAAGAAGCAUGGUUUCAACGAGACGCAACAGUGGAUCUCUCUCCGCAAAACGACCUUCUUCUUCUUCCGACGACAAACCUCCUUCUCCUUCUUCUAAACGCCAAAAGGGUGACAGUGGUGGUAGUGGUGGUGCGUCGGAGAAACCGGUGACGGCGGCGGAGGAUUCCAAGGAAUUGCGUGCUCCAGAGGCCGCCGCCGAUCCCGGAGAAUGCGGCACUGCUAAUGACGCUCAGAUCGCCGGCAACGAUGGCAAAGCUGAUGCCCCACCAGCCGUACCAGUGGCAGCGCCGAUCGCCGAUGGGUCUACGCCAAGUUUGGUGGCUGAUAAACCAAAGAGUUCGUUCUCUUCGUGGUUUUAUCAGAAGCAAAAUCCCAACUCUGAGGGUGUUCCCUGGUGCAGGCUCUUAUCCCAGUCUUCACAGAAUCCGAAUGUUCCUAUUUCCACAUCGAACUUCACAAUUGGUUCUAGUAGAAAUUCCAACUUCCCGCUGAAGGAUCAUACUGCAAGUGGAACUUUGUGCAAGAUCAAGCAAUCCCAGCGUGAGGGGAAUGCUGUAGCUGUGCUUGAAAGUACUGGCAGCAAAGGAUCUGUGCUAGUAAAUGGAACGCUCGUCAAGAAGAGUACCAGCUGUGUGCUUAACUCGGGUGAUGAGGUGGUUUUUGGUUUGCUGGGAAAUCAUGCUUAUGUUUUUCAGCAACUGCAUCCUGAAACCGCAGUUAAGGGUGCAGAAGUUCAGAGUGGUGGUGGGAAGUUACUGCAGAUUGAAAAGAGAACAGGUGACCCUUCAGCCGUAGCUGGGGCUUCUAUUUUGGCUUCUUUGUCUAGCUUUAGGCAGGAUCUUACAAGAUGGAAGUCUCCAUCUCAGUCUGCCAGUAAGCCUCACCAGGGUACUGACGUUUCAGAGAGUGAGCUUGAUGGCAUGGAAGGCAACUCAACUCCAAAUGAAGGGACUGACAAAGCCACUGAUACUGGAGCAAGCGACAAGAAUUCUCCUAUGGAUUGCGAACCAGAUGAUGCAGUCACAGAGGCAGGCAAUGUAAAAAUCUCUGGGGUGAAUGAUUUCCUAAGGCCUUUCUUCCGGGUCCUUGCUGGAUCUAGUUGUAAACUGAAAUUGAGCAAAAGUAUCUGUAAACAGGUGUUGGAAGAAAGAAACGGAGCGAGGGAUACACAAGCUGCAUCAUCUUCGGGUACAUCUGUGCGCUGUGCAGUUUUUAAAGAAGAUCUUCAUGCUGCAAUACUGGACGGGAAAAACCUAGAUGUGUCCUUUGACAACUUCCCAUAUUAUUUGAGUGAGAAUACAAAAAAUGUCUUGGUUGCAGCUUGCUUUAUACACCUUAAAAAUAAGGAACAUGUAAAGUACACAACAGAUUUUACAACCAUAAACCCCCGAGUUCUGCUCUCAGGACCUGCAGGAUCAGAAAUAUAUCAGGAAAUGUUGGCAAAAGCACUUGCAAAAUAUUUUGGAGCUAAAUUGCUUAUAUUUGAUAGCCAUUUACUUCUGGGUGGUUUAUCUUCCAAGGAAGCCGAGUUGCUCAAAGAGGGAUCCAAUGCUGAGAAAUCAUGCAUCUGCACUAAACAAAGUCCUACAGCUACAGACGGGGCUCGUAGUAUGGAUCCAUCAACUAGUGAACCUGAUACGCCUAGCUCCUCAAAUGCACCUACAUUUGGCGUUGAGUCUCAACCUAAGAUGGAAAUUGAUAGCGCACCUUCUACCUCCGGAGCCUCUAAGAGUGGUACAUUUAAGCUGGGGGAUCGGGUAAAAUAUAGCUUUUCAUCUUCUGGUAGCCUUUAUCAGACAUCUUCAAGGGGGCCAUCUAAUGGAAGUCGGGGGAAGGUUGUCUUACUUUUUGAUGAUAAUCCCUUGUCAAAAAUUGGUGUAAGAUUUGAUAAACCCAUAACUGAUGGAGUUGAUCUUGGAGGUGCCUGUGAGGCUGGUCAAGGAUUUUUCUGCAACGCAAGUGAUCUUCGUUUGGAAAACACUAUUGUUGAAGAACUGGACAAAUUACUUAUUAAUACAUUGUUUGAGGUUGUGAAUAGUGAGAGCCGAAGUACGCCUUUCAUUUUGUUCAUGAAGGACGCAGAAAAGUCUAUAGUAGUUAACGGGGAUCCAUAUUACUUUAAAAGUAAGCUUGAAAAGCUUCCUGACAACGUGGUCGUAAUAGGUGCACACACGCACACUGACAGCCGAAAGGAGAAGUCACAUCCUGGAGGUUUGCUUUUUACAAAGUUUGGGAGCAAUCAGACUGCACUACUUGACUUGGCUUUCCCUGAUAGUUUUGGAAGAUUACAUGACAGAGGCAAAGAAGUACCUAAACCAAACAAAACUUUGACUAAGCUUUUCCCAAAUAAAGUUACAAUUCAUAUGCCACAGGAUGAGGCACUUCUAGCAUCUUGGAAGCAGCAACUUGAUCGAGACGUUGAGACACUCAAAAUCAAAGGAAAUUUGCAUCAAUUGCGCUCUGUUUUGAGCCGUUGUGGGAUGGAGUGUGAAGGACUUGAGACCGUGUGCAUUAAGGAUCAGACACUUACAAAUGAAAAUGCAGAAAAGAUAGUUGGUUGGGCUUUGAGCCAUCACCUCAUGCAGAAUUCUGAAGCUGAUCCUGAUGCAAAGCUUGUUCUAUCUUGUGAGAGCAUCCAGUAUGGUAUUGGGAUCUUACAGUCUAUCCAAAAUGAGUCAAAGAGCCUAAAGAAGUCUCUUAAGGACAUUGUAACAGAAAAUGAGUUUGAAAAGAGGCUUUUAGCUGAUGUUAUUCCACCUAGUGAUAUUGGUGUUACUUUUGAUGAUAUUGGAGCUCUUGAAAAUGUCAAGGAUACGCUGAAGGAGUUAGUGAUGCUUCCUUUACAAAGGCCUGAGCUCUUUUGCAAGGGGCAAUUAACCAAGCCGUGCAAGGGCAUCUUAUUAUUUGGGCCCCCUGGAACAGGUAAGACAAUGCUUGCAAAGGCAGUUGCUACUGAAGCUGGUGCAAACUUCAUCAACAUUUCCAUGUCAAGCAUCACAUCCAAGUGGUUUGGUGAGGGUGAGAAAUAUGUAAAAGCUGUUUUCUCCCUGGCAAGUAAAAUUGCACCUAGUGUUAUAUUUGUUGAUGAGGUUGAUAGCAUGUUGGGCCGAAGGGAAAAUCCUGGGGAGCAUGAGGCCAUGCGAAAAAUGAAAAAUGAAUUUAUGGUGAACUGGGAUGGCUUACGUACAAAGGAUACCGAGCGAGUUCUUGUGCUUGCAGCCACUAAUAGGCCUUUUGACCUUGAUGAGGCUGUCAUAAGGAGGCUGCCACGAAGAUUAAUGGUAAAUUUGCCAGAUGCUCCUAAUAGAGCAAAGAUAUUGAAAGUUAUUUUGGCAAAAGAGGACUUGUCUUCCGAUAUUGAUUUUGAUGCAAUCGCAAAUAUGACCGAGGGGUAUUCUGGAAGUGAUCUUAAGAAUUUGUGUGUAACUGCUGCGCACCGUCCGAUUAAAGAGAUAUUAGAAAAGGAGAAAAAGGAGCAUGCUGCUGCUCUGGCAGAGGGUAGACCUGCUCCAGCAUUAAGUGGAAGUUCCGAUAUCAGGUCACUAAACAUGGAAGACUUUAAACAUGCUCAUCAACAGGUAUGUGCAAGUGUGUCCUCUGAAUCCAUAAAUAUGACCGAGCUUUCGCAAUGGAAUGAUCUAUACGGUGAAGGUGGUUCAAGAGUAAAGAAAGCACUUAGUUACUUCAUGUGAGAGUUUCUCCAUUGUACAAAUGUUCCCCACCGGCGACCCUCCUUGAUGCCCCUUUGAAGCCUGCGUAUUCACUUGUCGUUGCUCUGGUCUGCUGAGGCUAGCAGGAGUUGGUGCUGAGCCCCAUUUCCUUUGUAAAAUGAAAUAUAGAUUUCUAAGUAAUUUGAUUUGUUAUGGAUGAUGGGAUUAUGGUGGGUUUUGAAAGAAAGUGGAGAUUUUUGGCCAGGCUCUGUUGCUUUUUGUUUUGUUCCUCAACCACUUUGCCACCAGCACAGAAGAAGAUCAUGUUGAUUUCUUAUUAUUUUUCUUUUAAUUGCAGUAUUAGAGGAGAAAGAUAAAGAGAGUCAUAUAUGAUUAUGACCCUUAUUAUAAGAGUAGUUGUCACACUCCUAAGUCCUAAUGUCAAAAAUAAUGAUUUUAGAUCAUGGACACAAGGUCACUAUUUUCUAUUUUAUAUUUUUUUGUAUAUACCAUCAUAUGCAUGACACAGCUAUGUCUUUCUGAAUCUAUAAGUCCACUACUUAUUUGAAAGAUUUCUUUUA